AUGUCGAGAGGACAGAUGGGAUCUCUGAAAGCUGGAACCAAAAGGGAGACGACCAUUUUGAAGAGGUUCGUGAAGAGGAGUCAUCCGAGCCAGGCGGCCAAAGCUGUCGUGUCUGCACCACGGUUGACUCUUAGACGUCUAACGGGUUCUUUCGUAGCCUCAAGAAUGACGGAUGAACAGAAAGCAGAGAAUACAAUUGGGUUUUGGCAAGCGGCUUCUUCAAGCACAAUUUCUGCAAGACAACUUGCAUUUUAUGCUCGAAGGGAACUCGCAGCCGGCCAAAUAUGUAGCCAACUAAGAAGGACAGCAGAUGCGCUAGCAGAGAAUAUGGGGGACCAUUUUUUGGCAAAAUGGAGGUCGCAGACCAGCAAUGUACAAUUGCCUACCCACAGAGAAGCAAUAAUGCCAAAGGAGGAGACGGACAUUUGCUCUGCCCACUUUACCUUUUGCUCUGGACCGUCCGAAGAGGAGGGAAUAAUGGCUCCGUUCGAGCGAACCCCACAACUGGCUCGCCGGUCUGGUCGCUUGCCAGUUGCUGUUUCAGGUUCAACCGAAUACAUGCGAGUCUGUGUAUGUGGAAGGACCAACUGUUCGCAUCAGGCGAUUUCUUGUGUCCACCAGACCACUUCCUCAAAAGGCAAGUGUGAAGUCGACCGGCCGCGACAGACUGUCGCUUGGGCGGAAGGGAGUCUGCUUGUUCGGUUGGCGAGAGCCCCAUUCUGCCUGGCCGAAUGUGCAUUGUUGAGGGGCUGGGGGGAAUAG